AUGGACAGACCAAUACGCGAGAAGCGCGCCCCUGAGAUCACCUAUACUCCCACCGAUAGUACAAAGAUCAAGUAUACACUCGAAGAGAGGGACAUAUUGCGAAGCGCAUAUGAUAAGCACGGUGUAACACCUAAGAAGGAAGUUAUUGAAAGUUUGGUUGCUGCGAUCGGUAGAAGCUCCACAUACAAUAACAUCCAGAAAUGGUUUGUGAACGAAAAAUACCGAAGAGAGAGGGAAGAUAUCAAUCACGUUGACGCCGAAGCUGCAGAGAACUCAAGUGCCGCUGUUAAGUCCUCGACCAGUGUUGCAAACGUCUCCAUCGUACCACAAGGUUCCGCUGGCAAGCAUACAAGCGGUGACCGCAGAUCUGCUGGGAAUACAUUUGCUCCUCGGUCUUUGAUCAUUACUUUGAAAGUCACAUACCCUGUCAAAGAGAAGUUGCUGACUCUACGCAUUCCUCGUCGGGCCGCCAUCGCAUAUCGAUCGUUCCUGAAAUCAAACGAAGCAGCGAGAGACCGUCUGCCCGACCAAGUGGACUCCUUACAUCCGGCCAAUGUGGCUCUAUGGAUGAACCGAUAUCCUGGAUUGAUCAACAUCGAAAGAGCGAGGGACGACGAGUGUAUCAAGGUCACCGAGUGGCCCGUAAGCUUCAAUCACCAGACUUCAAAGGUUGCUCGUGGUACUGAAAGAUCCCUUGCUCAAGGCCGACAAGUAGUUAAAGUCAAUGUCGGGGUUGCUCAGAUUGCUCAAGGUAAAGGUUUUGUGUCUUCUGGUACGAGAGACGCGAUGUUGGCUGAGUGUUGGACUGAAGCAAAAGCUGCAAAGGCUGCAAAAGUCGCGGCUAAAGAAGCCAAUCCAUAUCUUGAGCCGUGGGCACGCGUUGACCCAAACCCUGAGAGUUACGAGCGAGAAAGCUAA